GUUCACCCGCUCUGUGGCACUGUAACCGGGCUUCCCCUCAGGCGGUGCAGGCUGCGGUGCCUUCGCGGCGGAGAGCGGAGCCGCAGAGAUGGAAGAGGAACCCGAACGGACAAAGCGCUGGGAAGGAGGCUACGAGAGAACAUGGGAAAUUCUUAAAGAAGAUGAAUCUGGCUCGCUGAGACCGACCAUCGAGAGCAUCCUCUUCAAGGCAAAGAGGAAAAGACUCUAUGAACACCAUGGACAAGUUCGACUUGGAAUGAUGCGUCACCUUUACGUGGUUAUUGAUGGAUCAAGAGCUAUGGAAGACCAAGAUUUAAAACCGAACAGGCUUACUUGCACUUUGAAGUUAUUGGAGUAUUUUGUUGAAGAGUACUUUGACCAAAAUCCUAUUAGUCAGCUUGGCUUAAUUGUAACCAAGAGUAAAAGAGCUGAAAAAAUGACAGAGCUUUCAGGUAACACAAAAAAGCACUUAACUGCUCUGAAGAAAGCACUGGAUAUGAACUGCAGUGGAGAGCCAUCUCUGUAUAAUGCCCUAAAUUUGGCUAUGCAGACUUUAAAGCACAUGCCAGCACAUACAAGCAGAGAGGUUUUGGUAGUCUGCAGCAGCCUGACGACAUGUGAUCCGGCCAACAUCUAUGAUCUGAUUAAGUGUUUAAAAGCAGUUAAGAUCAGAGUGUCUGUCAUCGGCCUAAGUGCUGAGGUUCGAGUUUGUACAGUACUUGCCCGAGAAACUGGUGGAACAUACCACGUUAUUUUAGAUGAAAGUCAUUAUAAGGAGCUGCUGAUGCAUCAUGUUCGUCCUCUACCUACCAGUUCAAGUUCUGAGUGCUCUCUUAUUCGAAUGGGUUUUCCUCAGCAUUAUAUUGCUUCUCUAUCUGAUCAAGAUGCAAAGCCAUCCUUUAGCAUGGUGCAACUGGAAAACAACAGUGAGCCAGGUCUUUCACUGGGUGGAUAUUUUUGUCCACAGUGCAGAGCCAAAUACUGUGAACUUCCCGUGGAGUGCAAAAUCUGUGGUCUCACAUUAGUCUCUGCACCUCAUCUGGCUCGGUCUUACCAUCACUUGUUUCCUUUGGAUGCCUUUCAGGAAGUUCCUCUGACAGAGUAUCAGGGGGAACGGUGUUGUCAAGGCUGCCAGGGAGAAAUGAAAGAUCAAAAUGUUUACAUAUGUAAAGUGUGUCAGAAUGUAUUUUGCGUGGAUUGUGAUCUAUUUAUUCAUGAUUGUCUGCACUGCUGUCCUGGGUGUGUUCAUGGGAACUCUGCUGCCACGUCUGCAUGAUGCCGUUAUCAGUGUAAUUCCUGCAUAAAUCUGGUUUGCAUACUCAGCCAUGGCUUUCAGUGAGACACUUCAAAGCAACAAGGACAUAGAUGAUUACAGAAGGAUGAACACUGGCUUGGGAGCAAACUUUUUUACUAAUGUAUUAAUGAUUUUGCUACUUCUAAUAUAUUCUUGGAUUAUAUGUA